AUGUCGUGGAUGAGGAAACAGAACAACGUCAGGGAAGGAUGGACGACGGUGGAAAGGAAUUCUUUUAGAAGGGAAGGAGUAGGAAAAUGGGAUGUUGCGAGAGGAGAAGGAAGGAAGACGGAGGGAGCAGCGGCAUCAUCGUUUUUCUUCACUGAGUUUGGAAGUAGAUGGAAGACUAGGGAUCUGAUGUUUGAGUUCAAGGAUAUGAGGGACAUCGAUGAAGUUGUUAUCCCAUCGAAAAGGGAUAAGUUUGGAAGGAGGUACGGGUUUGUACGUUUCUUCAACGUUGAGGAUGAGAAGCUGCUAGGUAUCAAACUGGAUAGUUUGAUUCUUGAAGGGCGAAAACUGCAUGCGAACCCUCCAAGAUUUCAGCGUAAAGAGAAGGAGACGGCAAAGACAUUUUGGAAGAAAGGUAGGGGAGGGAAUGAGGUCGUUAGGGAGAGGAAGGGAGGUGUGGUGCAAGAUCAUAGCUCUAAGGCUUGGGUGGAUAAGAGAUCCUUUGCGGAUGUCGUUCACAACCGUUUUGAGAGGGAUGUUAGUGGUGCUGUGGCAACGGGGAUUAAGGCAGUCUUCUUCGCGGCUGCUAAGGAUGAAACAAAUCGUUAUAGUAAGGCGUUUGUCGGUGUUAUCAAAGAAGCGGAAGUUGCUUUGAAGAUCAAACAGAUUUUCUAUGAAGAAGGUCUCUUUUCCAUUAGGAUCACUUUGUUAGGACCUAACCUCUGUUUGCUCGAAGAUCUGGUGUGUGGUGAGGUGGAAGCUCUUAUUGAGGAGCGAAGAGGGUGGUGGGAGAACUGGUUCUUUUCUAUCAGACCUUGGGCCCCAAAAGAUGUAGAUGCAGAGAGAAUAACAUGUUUGAGAAUAUCUGGCAUUCCUUGCAAUGUUUGGGUUGAACGCUUCUUUAAGGUGGUAGCGGAAUCAGUUGGAACCUUCAUCAAAUGUGAAGAGACGACGAAGGCACGCAUAAGAAUGGAUGAGGCGAGAGUUUAUUUCAAAACAGGGAGGAGGGAGUUGAUCAAUGAAUCAAUUAAGGCUGUCAUUGACGGUGUCUAA